UAACACUUCCUAGCUAUCGUGGACACGUUUUCCCUUUUAGUCACAAUCUUUCAUACACGCACAGUAUUGUGGUUGUAGAGUAUUAUAACAAGAGACAUGAGUCUUAAGUGGUUGUUAAACUGGAAGGGAUACAUUUUAUUUCCCCUUUUUGUUCACUCUAGCUGAGUUGUUGCUCUAAGGGGAGGAGGUUCGUGUUGCUUGAGGGAAUAUCUGGGUCGCGUUUUGGUCUGAGGCUUCAAAGGGACGAUAAAUAAAUGAGAAAUAAAAGACGUGUUGUUAAAUCGACGCGUGGAUUCACACUGUACAAUUGCACAUUCAUAAUUCCCUUUUUUGUACAUUUUAGCAGAUCAAAUGCUUUUUUCCCGUGAGCUUGAAAUCUAUCCUUCACCACUUUAAGUAUUUACAAAGUCUCAAAUGGUUUUGGUUUUGCUUUUUGUUUAUGCUGCUAUUAAAGAUGAAGAAAUAAAACCGAAAGAGAUCUUCCCUGCAGGAUGUGGCAACACAUAUUCGUCCUCUCUUUGCUCUUCAAAUCAACGAGCCCUCGGGUCACCGGUUUUGGGGAUACAUCUGUUGAGUAUGGCAAGGAUGCACACUACAAAUGCGAGCUUUGGAACCAGAAAGGUGUGCACCAGAUCACAUGGCAGAAGCGCCUCCGCGAUAAUUCAGUUGAGAAUGUAGCAUCGUACAGCAAGAGGUUUGGACAGCACGUCAAUGAGCCUUACCAAGGCAAGGUGAUUCUCACUGAGACUUCGCUGAGCUCGGCGUCCCUCACCCUAAAGAAUGUCACGUGGGGAGAUGAAUUUUGUUACAUCUGCAUCUUCAAUGUCUACCCAGAAGAGUCCAAAAGAAAGCAGACCUGCCUCACCGUGGAAGGGAUAUCUGAGGUGAAAGCAGAGGUGUACCAUCCCAGCAGCGGGCUUGCGGACGGAACCGCCUCUGUUGGGUUCAGCUGCUCUGCCACGGGGAAACCAGCACCAACCAUCCGCUGGGGCUUCUCACCCAAUGUCACCGGUUUGCAGCAUCCGGUGACCACCCUGCUCGUCAAUGAUGACGGCACGUUCACCAGCAGUCAGAAUGUCACGUUGCGCAUGUCAGGAAGAUGGGAGGGCCACGCAGACUGCGUUGUUCAGAGCGGGAGUUGGCCGGAAAGGCUAGAGAGGCUCCCUUUUUCCUGGACUGCUAGCCUGGAGGAGGAGGAGGAGGAGGCAGGGGAGACUGGUGGAAGGCUCUCUGAAACAGGCCAAAUUCUUCUUGUACUUGCUAUACUUGUUUUGAUGGCGAUCAUAGUACUCACCAUUGUCAUAAGACUGAAGAGGACUCAGAAGAGGCAAAAAGUUUUCAGAGAUGGUGUGUUCUUUGCCCUGGUGAGAGCGAUGUUGUCACUCCGGGGUGGCACUGACCUUAACACGCCAGAUGUCCCAAGAUCACAGCGGGAUCAGCUCCAGUCACCAACUUCAGACGCGCUCUAAUCCGAACCGCACUUUAU